AUGGAAUUACAGACUAAAGUCUGGAGUAAAGCUAACUUUGAUGAGUUUACCUCUGACCAAGAAGAAAAAUUGUUUUAUGCAACACAGUCUGGUACUUCUCACAACACAAAUGUGUGCUAUCUAGACAGUGGUUGUAGUAAUCAUAUGUUUGGCAAUAAAGAUUUUUUUUAUUUUAUUCAAUUUGGUGUUUCCUCAAACAUACGUCUGGGGAAUGGUGAAGUGGUUGAGUCAAAAGGCAAAGGAAGAGUGAAGAUUAUCACUGAUGGAGGCAUGAAAUUUAUAAACAAUGUAUUGUUUGUUCCUUCACUUAGACACAACUUGCUAAGUGUAGGACAUAUGAUAGAAAAUGGAUACAAACUUGUGUUUAAAGGUAGUGGCUAUUUGAUCUAUGAGCGGGAAUGUGAUGAAAAUGAGUUGAUGUUUAUACAAAUAAAGAAUCAUAUGAAUUUCAUGGUGGAUUUUAAGAGUGAGGAAUUAAUGGCUCUAAAGAAUGAUUUUGUGAAAGAUGGAGAUGCACAGUUAUGGCAUAGGAGGUUCUGUCAUUUGAACUGUGUAGAUCUGAAACAACUACAACAAAAAGAGAUGAUAGUUAGCCUUCCACCAAUUACAGACUCAGUUGGUGUGUGUGAAGAAUGCAUCAAGGGAAAAUAG